CAAUCUUUAUAGAGGCAAAAGCUUGAAACAAUGCCACACAGUUGCCUCUGUUUUGUAGAGAGAGAGAGAGAGAUGGGUGUGGGAAAUCUGAAGCAAUGGGCUAACAUAGCCAAAGAAGCAUUGGACCAAACAGUAUUGGUAGCAAAGUUCUUCUGUGGUCUUCACAUCACAAACACCUACCUGUGCACCACUGCUAUGGUAUACGGUCCCAGUAUGCUCCCUACCUUCAAUCUCAUCGGUGAUCUGGUCCUGGCCGAACGAAUCUCGACCCGAUUUGGUAAAGUGGGUGCCGGCGAUGUCGUCCUCAUCCGAUCACCUGAAAACCCUAGAAAAAUUGUCACCAAGCGCGUGACGGCCAUGGAGGGUGAUAGUGUCUCUUACGUUUUGGACCCCAAUUUCGGCGAUAGAUGCGAAACUGUUGUCGUUCCAAAGGGACAUAUUUGGGUUGAAGGAGAUAAUUCAUAUGCUUCCCGCGAUUCCAGAAUAUUUGGAGCUGUUCCUUAUGGUCUUCUUCAAGGCCGAGUCUUUUGGAGAAUAUGGCCACCUGAUGCGUUUGGAUCAGUAGCCCACAGAUUGGAGUGAUUUUUAUCUUCUAAGGCUGCAGACAACCAGAGAGGAGCUAAACAUGUGGAUGCUCGAGCUUUCUCCGCUCUGACUUAAUUUGAGAUGACUCUCAAGCUUGACUUUCUUUAUUUUGGUCUCGUGUUGGGUUUGCCUUUUUCUCACAUGAAUGGAGCGAGUCACAUAAAUUCUCUUUUUCUUUUAUAUUCUGUAUACAUCAAUAUUAUUUAAUCUUUUGAAUUUAUUUUUGAUUAUCUUCAGGUUA